CCUCAGGGAAGAAGAAGCGGGGCUCUGUCGAUGGAGGAUUCCAGCUGGAGCGGUGUGGAUCGUCACCUUCUCGUCCUGAAGAAACUGUAGGAGCUACAUGUCAACCUGCAGCCUGAGAGCGACAGCAGAGUUACGGAGCCACAGUAUUGUUACGUGAAGAGACAAGUAUGGCCAGUGGGAAGCAGGUGGCAGCAAUAGGACAGAUUCUGGUGGACCCGGGACAGGACCUGACCCAGCGCUUCAGAGCUUUAUUCACCCUGAGGAACCUGGGAGGGGCGGAAGCUAUUGAAUGGAUCAGCAAGGCCUUCAGUGAUGAAUCAGCCCUGCUGAAGCAUGAGUUGGCCUUCUGCCUGGGACAAAUGCAGGACAGACGGGCAAUUCCAACUUUGACAGCUGUUCUGAGAGACACGCAGCAGGAACCCAUGGUCAGGCAUGAAGCAGGAGAGGCCCUGGGAGCAAUUGGUGAUUCUGUGGUUCUGGACCUUUUGAAAGAGUACAGUCAGGAUCCUGUAAUAGAGGUUGCAGAAACUUGUCAGUUGGCUGUUCGUCGGCUUGAAUGGUUACAGAGUGGAGAAGAGAAACAGUUGGAGGAUGCAAGUACAGAUAAGAACCCGUACUGCUCUGUAGACCCAGCCCCUCCAGCAGCAAGGAAGAACGUGUCAGAGCUGCGCUCCAUUCUGUUGGAUCAAAGUCUGCCACUCUUUGACCGCUACCGCGCCAUGUUUGCCCUGCGUAACCUGGGUACUGAGGAAGCUGUGCUGGCACUGGGAGACGGCCUGAAGUGCUCGAGUGCUCUGUUUCGUCAUGAGAUCGGCUACGUCCUGGGUCAGAUGCAGCACCCGGCAGCGGUCCCUGCCCUGCGUGCAGUUUUGGAGCAUUCCAGCGAGAACCCCAUGGUCCGACAUGAGGCAGCUGAGGCUCUUGGAUCCAUUGGCAAAGAUGAAUGUCUUGAUGUGCUGAAGCGUUACCGUGGAGACCAAGAACGUGUUGUCAAGGAGAGCUGUGAGGUUGCUCUUGACAUGCUAGAGUAUGAGAACAGUGACCAGUUCCAGUAUGCAGAUGGACUCGUCAGGUUACAGGGUUAAAUGUAAAAACUGAAGGGUUUUUUCUCUUUAACACAUUUACAUGUGUAUAAUUUCUCUGUACAGUUGAGAAAGCUGCACAAAACUAUUUCUAUUUCAGUAAAACUUUUGGAUCCUAUGAAAUGAUGCCUUGCAGAAUGGGAAAUAUUCAUACUAGCAUACCUCAUAUAGUCAAAACCCCAAUUUUUCAAGUCCAAACAAAGUAUACAGUGUAGGGGGACAACAGGAAGCAGAGCCCUUUGUGUUCAUUCACUCAAAGGUAUCACUGCAUUCAAAUACAUACAAUAAACAGUAUCUAUCUGUGGAAUUUUGAACAACUCAUGGCUGACUUUACAACUUUGAGGGGGGUUUUUUUGUUUGUUUUUGAGAAUAAAUAUUUUCUUCCUGGCCAUAUA